AUGAUAGUAGCGAUACAGAUUUGCCUUAGAGUUCCGACAUCUCCAACGUUUCUCCCCUUGUCCAUAUCUUUUCACAUUUGUCGGGUUUUUCAAAGGCUCAAGGGCAAGACGCUCCAUGGGGCAGGGGACCCCACAACCCCGUGCUGGAUGUGGCAGCCAUUCUACUGCACUUCUGAAUGGCGGCUGUGGUCAUGGUGUGGAAUCCUGCUGAUAGGUGUAGGAACCUGGUACCAAGUCCAUCUGCAAGUACUGAUGAACUCGUGGUUUGGAGAUUUCUAUGACUUGUUGCAAAAGGCUCUUGCAAAAGACCGCAAGGUGUCCCGUGACGAAGUGUCUUCAUUCAUCAUGGCUUUCGCACGGAUUGCUACAGUCUACGUUGUCGUGGCUGUACUCUUGGGCUUCUUCACUAAGCACUGGACCUUUCGUUGGCGCCAAGCGAUGAACGAUCACUAUACGAAGAACUGGCAGCUGUUGCGGCGCAUUGAAGGGGCGAGUCAGAGGGUUCAAGAAGAUACUCGUCGCUUUGCUGUUAUGCUUGAAAACAUUGGCGCAUCGAUGCUUCAAUCAGUGCUAACACUGGUGGCUUUUUUGCCCAUUCUUCUGGAGUUGUCAACCGACAUUCAUGAGCUGCCUCUGAUUGGAGAAACUUCAAAUGCGAUGGUGAAAGCCACCAUUCUCUGGGCCCUCCUGGGCACCGUGGGCUUGGCUGUGGUUGGCAUACGGCUGCCUGGCCUGGAGUUUGACAAUCAGCAGGUGGAAGCGGCCUUCCGCAAGGAGCUGGUGUAUGGCGAGGACGACGAACACCGUGCAGAGUCUCAGGUAGUGAGAGGUCUCUUUGAGGCGGUGCGCAGGAGUUAUUUCCGCCUCUACUUCAACUUCAUGUACUUUGAUGUUGCCAAGUUUUCAUAUUUGCACUUUGGCUACCUCGUGCCCUACAUCAUUCUGGCGCCAAACAUCUCUGAAGGUAAAAUAACCCUUGGGCAUUUGCAACGAUUGGUUUUGGCCUUUGGCAGCGUUGAAAGAUCCUUUCAAUUUUUGGUGCGAAACUGGGCGCAGAUAGUAGAUCUUCUCUCUGUCUACAAAAGGCUGCGCCACUUCAAUCAAAGCCUGGAGGAAAAUGGUGACUGGAGCAGGCAUUCUGGACAGUAUAUCUAUCACUAUGAUGAGACCUGUUUGCAAAGACCAGCCGCCAGAAAAAAAGCAGAAUGA